AUGGAGCCCAACAGCCCCCGCAAGAUCCAGUUCACGGUGCCGCUGCUGGAGCCGCACCUCGACCCGGAGGCGGCCGAGCAGAUCCGCCGGCGCCGACCAACUCCUGCCAACCUGGUUCUCAGCAGCGACCAGUCAUCUCCAGAGGUUGACGAGGACCGGCUCCCCAACCCCCUGCUGAAGUCGGGCCUGGCCAUGUCGCCCCGGCAGAGGAAGAAGGUGUCCCGCACCACCCCGACCAUGAAAGAGCUGCAGAUGAUGGUGGAGCACCACCUGUGCAAGCAGGCGCGCGGCGAGGAAGAGGAGGAGGAGGAG